GCAGCACGACAGGAUCGGCAAGCCCCACAACGAGCAACGAGCAGCGAGCCAGAGGCCAUGGCGGUGAGACGCCUGGAGAUGGAGCUAGAAAAGGUGCGCCUACAGCUAGAGUGCGAGCGCAUUGCUCUACGGAGAGUGGAGCUUGAGCAGUCGGGCAGGCCGCCUUCGGUGUCGGAAGGAAGCGAUCUCCGCCGUGCCAGCACGGACGGAAUAUCACAAUAUGCUAAAGUGCUUAAGGCAUACCGGUUGCCGUGUGACGCUGACGUUCCGAUAUGGUUUGAUGAGGUUGAAAAGUUGUUUUCAUCUUUUCAAGUACCAGAACACAGCCGUGUACAUUUGAUCAUGCCUGCGCUGACCGAGCGGGUCCGUUAUCUGUUGCGUAGCCUGAAUGAUGAGGAAUGUACAGAUUACGAGACUGUAAAGAAGGCAGUACUAGAUGAACUUAAGCUCACGCCAGCUGAAUACUUAGGGAGGUUUGAAAGGGCAUCGAAACGAAAGGAGGAAACUUGGGCUCAGUUCGCGUCUCGCGCUAGAACUUAUUUGGCCUAUUACCUUCAAUCUCGCAACGCAAACACAAAAGAAGCUAUGACGGAGCUUAUGGUCGCUGACCGUAUGAAAGCCAGUAUAGGCUCAGAAGCCCUGGAAUAUGUUCUUUUGCGGGAGGGCGAAGAGUGGUUUAAGCCAGUGGAGGUGGCAAAGGUGCUGGAGACUUUCGAGCAAGCUAAAGGGAAAGGACGAGCAACUAAGCCAGCCGCAACAGCCUCAUUGACGCAGCAAGCAAAACUAGCUAGCCCGCAGAGGACAAAUUUAAAAUGCCACGUUCUCCACUGCCGAACACCCUGA